UCUUCUCCUUGUGUAGGAGCAGCCAGGAAGGCAGGUUACUUGACACAGGAUCUCCAGGAGCAGGCUGGGAAUCAGUUAUUGGCCAGUUUAGCUAGACAUCAGGGGCUGGCACAUCAGGCUGGGCAGCGGACAGAGGCACAUCAGGCUGGGCAGCGGACAGAGGCACAUCAGGCUGGGCAGCGGACAGAGGCACAUCAGGCUGGGCAGCGGACAGAGGCACAUCAGGCUGGGCAGCGGACAGAGGCACAUCAGGCUGGGCAGCGGACAGAGGCACAUCAGGCUGGGCAGCGGACAGAGGCACAUCAGGCUGGGCAGCGGACAGAGGCACAUCAGGCUGGGCAGCGGACAGAGGCACAUCAGGCUGGGCAGCGGACAGAGGCACAUCAGGCUGGGCAGCGGACAGAGGCACAUCAGGCUGGGCAGCGGACAGAGGCACAUCAAGCGGGCAGCGGCACAGAGGCCCAUCAGCGAGGCAGCAGGCACCGGCCCAUCAGGCGAGGCAGCAGGCACCGGCCCAUCAGGCGAGGCAGCGGGCACCGAGUCAUCUGGCAGAACAGCGGGCACCGAGUCAUCUGGCACGACAGCGGGCACCGAGUCAUCUGGCACGACAGCGGGCACCGAGUCAUCUGGCACGACAGCGGGCACCGAGUCAUCUGGCAC